GAAAAUAUAAGGCCCAUAUGCAUCAUGACUCCUGAGAUGAGAGGGGCGUUGUAUUUUAUCGCUUCUCCUCAUCUUUGCAUUUCUUUCCUAAUCGAGAAUGCCAUACGACAUCUACACGUUAUCUUGGUAUCUAUUAUGUCAAGACCAUGAUGAUCCAAUCAAAUCAUACCCAACCUAAGUUUACAUACAUGAAUGUUCAUAUUCCUGAAGUACUCUCCUAUGCAUCAAUGACGGAGUUAGAAAUCAGAACGAGGGUUGUUGAAAAAAAAACUAAACUUGCGAGAAUUGAACCAAGGUAUUUGGGAAGAGGGGCUAGACUAUGUUAAUAUGUGGUACAAUAUCCAUUAUUGAACAUCUUACAACAACUUGAGCUAUCGGCGAGCCAACUUAUUCAUCCCAUGAUAUCAAAGUCUUGUGUGACUGAGAGAUCUUCGUUCGAAUUCCAACGACCCACAUUUGUUAAGCACGUGGUAUUCGGACCUGUGCAAACUUCAACACCAUAUGAGUUGGCUAUCGUUUGAAGGGACGUGUUAAUAUGCGGUAUAAGAUCCAUUAUUCAACAGCUUGAGUUAUUGACACCAACCAGUUCUCAACAGCCUGAUCAUCAACUAAUUUGUUUUACAAAUUUAUAAAAUAAAAAAAUUACAUGUACUUUUAUCCACAUUUCAAAAUUUAGUAGAAACGUGGUGCUACGACUGCUCUCUUCGACAGAUAGCGGAUAUGAAUUUUUGUCAACAAAGAUAGCAAAUCCCACUAAACCAAUUUUCUGCAAGAUUGAUUUGUUAAAGUAGGUAUUAUUAACAAUGUUGCCCCCUAAUUACUCAAUGCCCUUAGUUAGUUAAUCAUUCGGCAUGUUUUCUUUUGUACAUGUGUGUGAGUCAUAGAGCAAUUACUACGCAUCUACGUUUCAUUUCAUCAUAUAGUCUUACACGGAAGGCUGGUCAGUUACUCUUACUCGUGCCCAUUUCCAGUCUCCCGUUCGUUUUUUUUUUUUUUUCUUCUUCCCAACCUUUUCCUUUUGCCUCCAUUCAUGCCUCUUUACCCAACUCCACGAUCUUAUGUCGAUAUGAACCUUAAUAUAAUAAUAAAGUUUCGUAUCUCUUAUUUACACUACAUCAUACACCAUUCAGACAAGAGUGAUUUGAGUAUGAUAUGUUUCACAAUGUGAAAACAAAACUAUACGAUAAUCGACACACACGUGAAUCGCAAAUCAUUUUGUUGUAGGAGGAGGAUGUGAAUAAACGACCUGGAUCCAAAAUAAGAGAUUCGUAGAAGGGUCGAAUCAGAGAUGAAUCAUACUGGUGCCUCAGAUGUCGUAUAUGCAUCCCAACUGUUGUUGAUUGUACACGGGUUUAGACCCUUUUUACCGUUCUAUGGUCACCAACGGAGAUUUACGAAGAUACCACCGGCCAAUAGCCGAACAAGAACUUGAUCUAAACGGUUCCAUAGCCUAUCUCCAACCUUGAGUCUUCAUGUUAAAAUCGAUUCACUAGCAUGUAACAAUUAAAAUAAAAUUGAUGUCACCCUAAAAAAAAUCAAUAGGAAAAAAAAAGAUGAUGUGGUACCUUCGGUGAAACGUCGAUGACACAUUUUGAACCCGAACUCCAAAUCUAUCUAAAUUUAAACUUACAGAUUGUAAAAUAAUACCGGAUAAAUCAAUACUAGAGCAUUUUUUGCGAUUAAAUUAUGGUUUUAACUAUUUCAUACAAAUAAAAAGUAAAUGUCGAUUUGAAAUUCCAUGUAAAAUUUUUUUCGUCCAGUUGGAUCAUCAAUACAAUACGAUUUAAUUAUGGUAGAAUAUUUUUUUCGAUUAUACCAAAAUUAUCUAGAUUCAUCUCAACAAAAUCAUGUACCAGUUCCGAACUCCGACAAUACGAGUUAUUCCGGUUGGACCACCCAUACCAUAAUAUUCAAUAUUCACUCAACUCUAAGCCAUAUAUUUUUCAACCAUCUUUACCCAAACCACCCUUAUAUGCUUAUUUAGAUACCACCCAACCUUUGGCCACCGGCCUACUGGUAACACACACUUUUUUUCCCGUCGAGUCUUCUUCUCAAACGUACAAAUGAUGCAACCGGGGGACCGACGAACCUAACCGACCCAAAACAACACCCGCAAAAAAAAAAAAAAAAUUCAAUGGGCCCAACCAGUCCAGCCCCACGGUCCCGAAUUAUACGCUUCUCAAUUGGACGCUCGUCCAUUCACUUCCCAGCCGUGCACCUCAUCUCAGCCGUCCAUUCCGCCUCCACGUUCCCGCCUUUAUCUUCAUCCCACGGCCAGAAACUCGCGGCGCAUAACCCACGCGCGCUCCCCGCCAAAAUAAUAAUAAUAAUAAUAAUAAUAAUAAAAGCUGCAGAUGCCUCCAAACGUAAUAAAUAAAAAAGUGCGCCCCCCUUUGACCGUGUGACCCCCACGAUACCAGAAAAAAGGAGAACCCCCAACGGUGGUAAAAUUCUCAGUUUGAGUCCCUUUAUUUAUCAUCUAUGUACGCUUUCAUCACAGGUUUCACACUUUUCUUUACAUCCAAGUAAUGGAGGGCAACAAAACUCGAAUCCAACAGGUACCCUACCCGACCCAAUCCGGUCAACGCGCGGGUAAAAUCCGUGUUGGCGGAUUUUAGGUCGGGUUCGGGUUUAAACAUGUUCACUAUUCAUCGGGUUGAGUUUGGGUUUAGGUAAACUUGCCUCAUGGGUACCCGCCCGCACCCAUAUAAUUACUUUUCCCGGUAUAUUUAAUAUUCUAAACAACUAAUCUUUCUUUAUGUUUGUGGAGACAUGUCUGAUAUUUUCUUUCUAACUGUGUGUAGAAUGAAGUUGAUAUUAUCGUGUGGAGAGUGAAGAAGAUUAAUUGACAAGGAGGAAGAAAGUUUCAAUUAAUCAUAUUGUUUAUGGAUAAUUUGUGAUUUGUUUCAAUUUUCUUGAGUUUUCUAGAUUAGUGUUGAACAAUUUGUAUGGUCAAUUUGUGAUUUGCUAGAAUUUUCUAGAAUGGUGUUUUUUGUAUAUGGAUAAUUUGUAUUGAGAGAUUGAUAUUUGACUUUUAUUUUGAUAUGAAUCUGUUAUUGUAAAUUUUUUACGACAAAAACCCAUGAGUACCCAUGGAUAUGAGCCAUAAAAUGAAACGACUUGACAAUAAUACGGAUACAGAAAUUUUAAACGGAUAAAAUAUGUACGGGUACAUAUAUGAUAUACGUGUAUUAAACGAAGUAUUUACUAACUAUGCUGGCCGGUGUAAUAGGGCACUCGCCUGGCUAACAAUGUGCAAGACAUUUUUUGAGGGAUUGAAAAGGUAAUUUGCAAAUAGAAUAUUAUUCGCGCAGAACCUAAAAAAGGGAGAUUUGAAAAGAAAAGGGGGAAAAAAGUGAAAAUUCCCCUGUCCGAAAAGUCGAGCGGCUGACAUCACCAAUCCUUUGACUCUUUAAACCUACCGUCGCCCUCUUCUGUUCUUCUUCCCAUUUCCCCUCACUCUCUCUCUUUCUCUUUCUCUUCUCUGUUCCAUUUUCUCUCCGUUUCCCUGUAGAUUCAAUUUUCUCGGCAAACAAACAGAAGACAAAACCAUAACGAAUCGCCAUGGUGAGGGACGACUUGUACAUAACGGUGCCGAGCUUCUUCCGGUGUCCGAUUUCUCUCGACGUGAUGGAAUCCCCGGUCAGCCUCUCCACCGGCGUCACCUACGACCGCUCCAGCAUCCAGCGCUGGCUCGACUCCGGCAACAACACGUGUCCGGCGACGAUGCAGGUCCUCGAGACCAAGGAGUUCGUCCCCAACGACAACCUCCACCGCCUCAUCCAGAUCUGGUCCAACUCCGUCCGCAACAACUCCGCUUCCUCCGCCUCCGCGGCGGAGGAGGCCGAGUCGGCGCCGCUGUCCCCGGACAAAAUCCAGCUCGUCGUCAAGGAAAUCGGAGGCGAGAAGAAGGAAUCGGGAGCGAAUUGCUCGCUCGACGUGCUUUCGAAAAUCGCGACGUUCGCGGAGGAAUCCGGCGAGAACCGGAGGUUCCUGGCGAAGAUGGACGGUUUCGUGGCAAUGCUCGCGGAUCUGAUUUGUUCAGAUGACAAGGAGUUAUCCCCGCCGGUGGUGGAGCUGGCGGUUAGGGUUUUGGAUUCGGUGUCGAUCGAAUUUGGGGAUUUUCGCGAGCUGAAGAGAUUGACACUGAUUCCGAAGGAGAAAUCCCCCAAUUCGCUGCCGCCGUCGCUCCUCCGUGUUAUGAAACAGGGGAGCAGCAGUCAAUCGCGAAUCGCAGCCGUACGGAUCAUCCAAUCAAUCGCCAUCGACGCCGAAUCGAAGCUCGCGCUGGCGGAAAGCGACGGAUUACUGCUCUACCUAGUCAAUUCCAUCGCUUCGCAAACCGAUCAUUCUCUCGUCGACGCCUGCCUCUCGUGCCUGAUCUCGAUCUCAAUGCCGAAGCGCGUGAAGCCGCAGCUCGUCCGCCUGAGAACGAUCGCGAAGCUUCGCGAGAUUUUGAAAUCUCCGUCGGUAAUCUCCGCCUCGACGACGGAGAAGGCGCUGAAGCUGCUCGAGUCGGUCUCGUCCUGCCGGGAAGGGAUGGCGGAGCUUUGCGGCGACUCCGCGUGCGUGGAGGCGGUGGUGAGGAAGGCGAUGAAGGUUUCCGACGCGGCGACGGAGGUCGCGGUGACGAUACUGUGGACGGUGUGCUACCUGUUCAGGGACCAGAAGGCGGCGGACGCGGUGAUCAGGAGCAACGGCCUGACGAGGAUCCUGCUGCUGAUGCAGAGCAACUGCUCGCCGGCGGUGAGGCAGAUGUCGACGGAUUUGCUGAGGAUUUUCCGCGUGAAUUCCAACUCGUGCCUUUCUAGUUACGACACUAAAACCACCCACAUUAUGCCGUUUUGACAAUCCACCUUGUAAAAAUCCGCACCAGAAAAGGAUUGUUAGAAAAAAAAGUGAAAGGAAAGGAAGAGGAGGAUGAAUUUUGGUAGUUAAUUAAUAUUAUACUUAAUACAGGGAGAGAUUAGUCUCCAAUUCGUUUGAUUUUCGAAUUAGGGUCUCAUGAUUUAGUUCGAUUUCCCUCUCUUGUAAAUCAGGUGACAUUUCUGCUGAUACAAUACAGUAACCUACAAAAAAAUCGUUGGUUUGGAUCAACUUAUACGUUUAGUUGGUAAACUCAUUACGACGUAUAGGCAACACGAACGUGUCAAUAGUUACUAAAUUAACGAGGAUUGGACAAUUUGGGGCAGUCGGGCAGGCAAGUAAUGAAUAAAAAUAAAAACU